GUCGUUUUGUUAAUUCUCGGCGUUGCCGUUCUUUCACAAUUCACUGUCCCAAGAAAUCGAAACCACGUGUUUUCGGCUGUAAAUUCAGAAUAAUUAUUCGUGUUAUUUGAUUCUUCUUUCCUCCAUUUCCAAAUUGGAUCCUUCCCAUAAGCCAGCAAUUUCUUUUAACGUGCAAUGGUUAUGUUGAAGGUUGAAAAAAAUCAUGCAGACAUGACUCCUACUCCAAAAAAGAAAGACAAGAAGUUGAAACUAGUGGGAAAUGACUCAACACCAAAGGUUGCAAAAGCUGCCAAUGGUGAAGGCCUUCAAAAGAACUCCGUUUCAUCAGCUGUAAAGCCCAAGAAAAGUAAAGAGAGCGCUCCUGCCUCUCCGACCAAGUCAGCUAACGAUGGAGGCGCCUCACCGUCAAAGAAAAAGAAUAUUAAUAAAGGAAAAGAAUUUGGAAAAUACGGCAAAAGAAAUGAGAUGAAAUCCAAGGAUGAUGUUUUUGGGAAGAUGGUCAAAGAGGAGGCUGUGAAAGAACAUUUAUCGCCAAUGUUUUUGAAAAAGUUAGAAAAAUGCACCGCUCGGCUGCCGCUUGGAGGAAAAAGAUUUGUUUACUGGUUGGUGCAUGAUGUCAAAUACAAAAUUAAAUUCCUUCCUGUCAUCGAAGAGGUGUUCAAACUGAUCAAGGACAUGAAAGUUCUACCGCUUCCAGCUAAUGGUCAACCUCCAAAAACUGCUUCGCAAAAGAAGAAGGAAAAACGCCUGAAGAGGAAACAGAAACUGAAAGAAGCAGCCGGCAUUACAGGUUCAAAGAAAGAAAAUGUAAAAUCGGGUGACUCUCCUGCAGCAGCUAUCACUACUCCAGAAAGACCAGAAAAGCGUAAAAUUAAUGAAGUCAGCGAAACAAGUGCUGUUAUAGGGUCAGUUGAGAGUGCUAAGAAGAAAAAAAUUAAGACUGAAAAAGUCAGUGUCAAGUUGGAACCAUCCUCGGAUGGUGAAGCAGCUAACAAUUCUUUUACCGCUGCAAAUAACGACAGUCCAAAAGAGAAGAAGAAGAAGAGAAAAAGCCUUGCCAAACAGUCAGCUUGAGACCGAAUUAAAGUGACCAUUGGAUUCUAAGACUGGAGCAGUUUUGCAUACGCUUUUCUUGAGAAAUUUUGGGUUUUAAGACACUGGAUUUAAAGCGAACAAGGAAGAAGUUUAAUUUCCUCUGUGAAGUCGUAACUGAAUUUUAUUUUCUGUUGUUCUUUUUAACUGGAACUUUCGCUGUCUCUCGGGAGUAGAAAUGGACUAUGAGUAAUAUUACUGCUUCCAAAAUGACUUCAGGUCAGAAUGCAGUUCUUCCAUUUUUCUCGAACAGCUAAUCUUGAAAUUUUGCCAAGAGCCUGAUCUGAUUACGAAUAGCUUAUCUGCUCAGAUGAAAUUCUUAAGUGUAAAAAGUUCAACUAAAGGUAUUUUGAAAAUGUGAAAGAACAUGCUUUCUUAAAAAGUCAUUCAUAUUAGUUGAACCCUUAACCAUUCUAAGUGUUUUCUCUCACUUAAGUGUUAAAAACUACUAAAUAAGAAUGCUCAGUAAGUACUCGGGUACUUAGCAUGUCAUAGUUCAAGCCAUUCCGCUGAGAGUCAGAGACCUCAUGGAAAGUGCAACUUUCGGGUGUUUUUUCUAAGACCAAUCUAGACAGGUCAGUUACCUACUGCACAUCUUUUUGAAAUUCACUCCCUAGCCUGGCCCUCAGUGGUUGCAUCCAUUAAAAGUGCAUUGCAUUUAAUCUUUCUGCUGCAAUGUGUAAUAGGGUCCCAAAACUUGUCCCCCGGGAAUGACUGACCUGUGUGGAUUGGUCUUAAUCCUUUAAAUUCUCCCCCUCCCUCCAUUAUCAGCUCACUGAAAAAGUGAAAAAUUAUCAUUUUACAUUACGGAAAAUGAAGAAAUGUCAUCUUACAUUGGCUCAAACUGAUUUUUACUGUCUUCAAUCUAUUAAGCUUGACUGAAUAUCGAAUUUUCCAUAUUAAAGACAAAGAAAAGUUAUUUUCCGAAGAAAAGUUUAACUUUUUUAGGGGAACCCUCCCCCCGUUAAAUUUCCUUAUUUUGCCUUUAUUGUAAAUUAUGUAUUCACCAUCAUGAUGAUAACUUGUUACAGCUGGUUGUUUCAGCCAUGAGUAGGGGCAAAGUAAUUCCAGUUCUUGACUAUACGUACGAUUGAGCAUCUUUUUGUUGACAUUGUUAUCUUGUCUGAAGAAACCUGUCGGUUAAAUUGUGAUCCCACAGCUUUUAAGUUAAAAUAAUUUGAUUUUUAAUUAUUAAAAUUUUACCAUCCCAUUACUUUUUGUACAUGUUUUGUUCUUUAAAUUAGUUUUUCUUUCCUUGC